CACCACCUCGCCCAGCUAAUUUUGUAAGAAGCAGAAUUUCAUAAGCUGCAGCAGCUGUGGUCAAUACCUCAGCUCCCCACGAGCUCCCUUCUCCAGAAGACAGCAGCAGCAUAAAGAGGAAUGAAAAGGAAAGGGUACCAUCAUAACCCUAAACCUUUUCAUCUCAGCAGCCCCCAAAUAUAUCAGCAAGCUCAAUUCUCAGCAUUUCCUCCUCCCUCCUUGGCUCAUAACCAAAUGAUCAAUCAAAAAAGGCUUUGCUGAGAGGAGGCAUAAGGCUAUUGAGCCAGCAUCACCUCUUCCCAUGUGGGAGGGGGUAUCACAUUAUACACAUAAACAGAAGCACCUGUUUCCAGAGGCAGCAUGGGGCAGAAAGAGCUCAUAAAGAGUCCCAGAUUGUUAUAAGAAAAAUAAUAAUUUGAUGGGGUUAAAAUUAAAUGUCCAAAUUGAGGUUGCUUAUGGAAUUUAAAGGGGAUGUUGAGAACGUGAGGUGGCGAGACUAGGAAGGGAAGAAAAGACAAAAAGAAAAAUACACACAAUAUAGUAGACAAAGGGGAGAAACCAUAAAAAAUACAGCCUCACAAAUAAAGGCAGAAGCUAAGAGAGAGGAGGAAGCCAGCACCUGGAAAGCAAGAUGUUACAGCUGGGGAGGGGGAGGGGAAAGCCGGAGAGCAGCAGGAAGAGGAAAAAAGGCCAAGGAGCCAAAGAGCUAAGAAUCAGAUCCUUCCUUUCAUCUGUCUUCAUCUUGUCUGUGACUUCAAGCAGGUGAGUUGUUGGGGUAUUCUCACAGUGGCUACUGCCUCAUCUUGGCCUGAACAACGGAAUCCCACAAUGCCUGUGUGGCAUGCCCACGCACACCAUUUGGCCCCCAGCUUUCACCUUGUCUUCCUGUUCCCCAACACACCUUCACAGGUCACUCUCAAGGCUUGGGAAGCACCUUGGUGUGUCCACGGGAUAGAAUGAGCUCUCACCCCAGCUCACACUUAAUUCUAAAGAGCAGAGGCUAAGGGCUGCUGACUCUAACAGAGCGAUUUAGAACUGUGCUCAGGCCAGGUGCUGUGGCUAAUGCCUGUAAUCCCAGCACUUUGGGAGGCCAAGGCGGGCCAAUUGCUUGAGGUCAGGAGUUCCAGACUAGCCUGGAGAGAGAAAGUUGUGCUUUCUCUACUAAAAAUUUUAAAAUUAGGCCAGGCGCGGUGGCUCAUGCAUGUAAUCCCAGCACUUUGGGAGGCCGAGGCAGGCAUAAAAAUAUAAAAAUUAGCUAGGUGUGGUGACAGGCGCCUGUAUUCCUAGCUACUCAGGAGGCUGAGGCAGAAUUGACUGAACCCGGGAGGAGGAGGUUGCAGACAGCAGAGAUUGUGACAUUGCACUCCAGCCUAGGAGACAAGAGCAAGACUCUGUCUCAAAACAAAAAAAAUUAGCCAGGUGUGGUGGUGGGCGCCUAUAGUCCACCUUGCUGAGGCAAGGAGAACCGCUUGAACCUGGGAGGCGGAGGUUGCAGUGAGUCCAGAUCACACCACUGCGCUCCAGCCUGGGCCACAGAGCUAGACUCUGUCUCGAACAAAAACAAAAACACACCAAAAAAAACAGAACUGUGUGUUCAGUGAUCCAGUGAAGGGGAUUCCCACACAGUGUCCUCCAUUUUCCCCAGGCUGCCAGUGCUGCGUUGAUUUCACAAGCUCUGAUACCCUUUACUGAAGACAAAAGGAGAGGCAAAAUUGCCCAGUUCCUGACUUCUCCAGCACACUGAGGCAAGAUUCCCGGGAGGAAAGUUAGGAGCGAUGAUGAGCUCAUCUGAAUGAGUGCCAUGCAGACACAGCCUCUCACUGAAGGGAAAUGAAACCAAGACAUAGUUGCUUAGGAAAAGGAGCAUGGGUGUCAAAACCCGGGAGUUGUGCUUUCCAGUGGGCCUGAGACAGACAAAGUGACAUGAUGUUUAGAGAGCAAGAAUGAGAUGAAAAGGGAAGAGGGCAAGCAGUCUCAGGCUUCCAUGGGAGGAAAUAAAUAAUGUCCAGAAGGGUCGGCUCUGAAGUGGACCAAAUGGCUCUCCUGUCCCAUGUUUAUGAGGUCAUGGACCAUUAAGCCAGCCAACCUACAGAUGUCUUCAUAAGACUUUACGAGAUUAGACUGGAGAGACCCUAUAACUCAGCAAGAAAGGCAAACAAGUGGAGAGAAUUGCAGAUAAGAGACGGUAGAAACAAGUACUCAGCUCCAGAGGCGUCACAACUCAGAGGGAGGAUGUCUAGUUUGGGGACCCUUUCAUCUUCCUCACUUCUCUCUUCUGUGAGUUUCUGCCCAUCUUCAUUAGAUUCAGGACCACAUCCGGCUUAUAUUACUCAAUAGAUUAUUGAUUAUCCACAUACUUUUUUCCCCCUAAUCUAACUUCCAACUGACCUCACAUCAUGUUCCUAACCCGCAACCAUUUGGUCCUCAGAGAAUUUUCUUUGGUAUUUGCGACGUAAAUCAGCAAGAUAAAAUACAUUACAUUAACAGAGACAUGGCCGACUGUAGCCCCUGGCAGCCGCGGCGCCCCUGCGAGGCCUACCGCGCCGAGUGGAAGCUCUGCCGCAGCGCCAGGCACUUCCUGCACCACUACUACUUUCACGGCGAGCGGCCGGCCUGCGAACAGUGGCGGCGCGACCUGGCCAGCUUCCGCGACUGGGAGGAGCGCCAGAGCGCCGAGGCCCAGCGAUCCCUCUGUGAGAGCGAGCAGGCACGAGUCCAGGCUGCACGGAAGCACAUCCUGGUGUGGGCCCUGAGGCAGAGCCCCCCUGCAGACUGGCAUCUCCCUCUGCCGCAGGAGGAUGAGUGACAAGCACCCCUGCCAUUAGCCUGUGCAGCUUCCUCCCUCGGUCUGUUUCAAGUUGCUGUUGCACAGCCCUGGGGACUGUGACUAGCCUACACAGUGUAGUGGCUCACUGUGAGCUCUUGCCAGACUUGGAACAUGGAGCAGGAAGGACAUUGCUAGCCCUACUUGCCCACCCCUUACCUGCAUGCGGGGCGCCCUGACACAGCGAUGUUCUGCUGGACAAUUGUACUCCAGAGCUUUCAGGAGGCCAAGCAUUAUGGCAGGUACUUGUGAGCAGCCAGGUCAGGCUGGGCACAGCAGCAUAGGAGAUGGCAGUCCUGAGGUCUAGAGUUCUCAGGUAAACUCCUGAAGGGUAGCCCUGCACAGGUGGGCAAUAAUGAG